AUGAACGGACAGCGCGUACACUUCACUAUGGGACUGGUGCUACUAAUGUGCACGCUUACCGGCCACUGCAGCCAGAGCGCGCCCUCGGCGGCCCCCGCGGCAGCCGGUAGGGACACUCAGCGAGACUUGAGGCGGAUGGCUGAGAUCAUGAAACACGUGGAGGAGAGCCGGGGUCAUCACAGCGCGAAAACGGAAGCCCCGUUAACAGCGAGGGCGAGGACCACACCGGUAGAGCCAAAGGACUUAAGCAACAUGAAAACAGACAGAGGGGAUCAGGUUGUUGUUGUAUUUCCCAGAGAUCUCAGAAAGAAAGAGAAAUUCAUAAAACAUAUAACAGGUCCACUCUACUUCGCUCCCAAGUGCAGGAAGCAUGUGUACAGACUCUACCACCACACCAGAGACUGCACGAUACCUGCGUAUUUCAAAAGAUGUGCGCGGCUUCUCACACGGUUAGCCGGCAGCCCGCAGUGCACAGAGGGGUAG